AUGAUACCAGUAGUCAAACUGUCCAGAUGCCUUUAUUCUUAUAAUACUAUUUCGUCGGCUACAGUGUCAGCCAAGCGAUUCUUCUCAGCACCAGACUUCGAUGCAUUGGCUGAGAAAAUUCAGCAAUGGAAGCCAGCUACUGGUAAUGGCGACAAUAACGAUGAAAUCUCAUCUGCUGAUAAAAUAAUUGAAAGAAGGGCAUGGAUGAGUGCUGCAUUGGUAUAUUGCGACGGUUCAUUUGAUUGGACAUUAAGGAAAGGCGGUAUUGGAAUAUUUUGGAGCCCAAACGAUGAACGUAAUGCUCAUCUUUCACUUACAGGAUCAAAAUUGACCAAUAUUCGAGCGGAAAUCCAAGCAGUCAGCUUAGCUGCUUUACAGGCUUGUUCCUUAGAUUUUGAUCGAAUAAUUAUCAAAACAGAUUCGCAGUUUGUGGUGAAAGUGAUUAAUUCAUGGUUAUCUCGAUGGCGUUCCAAUGAGUGGAAGAAAGCUGAUGGAAAACAGAUCGAAAAUAUGGAUGAUAUUCAGAAACUCAGCCGUUAUACCGAAAUGAUAAAAAUGCGGGUGGAGCAUACAUAUGGACACCAGAAAUAUGAUGAAAAAAGAUUGGAGAAUUGGGAUGAAAUGUCACUUGAUGAAAGGGAUCGUUGCGGGAAUUUUCAUAGUGAUCGAUUGUCGAGAUUAGCUAUUGACCAACCAAUGAUGACGGAUGAAGAAUUUGAAGAACUGUGUAAAGCUAAACUCAACAAACCUUGCUAA